UACAAACCGCCGCCGUCCGAACUCGCCUUCUCCUCUGCGCUUCACCACCGCCCUGCCCCCGCCGCUCCUAUUCCUCCAUGGUCGCCGGCGCGUGGCCGGCGGCUGCGGCGGCGGCGCGCGCGGCCGUGCGCACGCUCGGGCGCUUCAUCCCCCGCACCUACACCCACUCCACCACCACCGCCGCCGCCGCUGCCUCUCCGGCGCACACCCUCGAGGACUACAACCGCCUCCUGUCCGCCCUGGCGCGGGACGGCGACGGCGACGGGGCGCUGCGCGUGCUCCGCCUCAUGCGCCAAUCCCGCUCGCCCACCGCCUGCGCGCCCACGGCUGCCUCCUACGUCGCCGUCAUGUCGGCGCUCUCCAAGUCCGGGCGCCCCGCCGACGCGGCCGCGCUAUUCGACGACAUGCUCGCCCACGGCGUGGCCCCCGACCGCGCCGCCUUCUCCCUCCUCCUCCACAUCUACUCCUCCCACCUCGGCCUCCCCUCCGCGGCCCACUCCGUCCUCCUCUGGAUGUCCCGCCUUGGCCUCCCCCCAUCCCCCAUCGACUACGCCGACCUCGUCUUCUCCUUCUGCCGCGCGGGGCGCCUCCCGGACGCGCUCCAGGUGCUCGACGAAAUGCGCGCGCUCGGCUACCCGCUCACCACGCACGUAUACGCGCCGGUCCUCCAGGCCCACUGCGCCAACGGUGACAUGCGAUCCGCCGACGCGCUCAUCGCGUCCAUGCGCCUCUCCGGGUGCCACCCGGACGUCGUCAUCCACAACAUCUACGUCCACGGGCUGUGCAAGGUCGGGGAUUUCCGCGCCGUGGAGCGGGCCAUCGAGGAGAGUGGCCGGAACGGGUGGGUGCCGGACGCGGUGACGUACAGCACCUACAUCGCCGGGCUCUGCCGGUGUGGGCACGUCGAGGACGCGUUCCAGCAGCUGGAGGUCAUGGUGGCGAAGGGGCUGCAGCUGACGGUGGUCGGUCUGAACAUACUACUGGAUCACGCUGCACAGGAGCUAGAUAUGUCAGUGGGCAACGAGGUGCUGGAGCGGUGCGAGGAGCUGGGCUUUGAGGUCGAUGUCGUGACGUACAACACGGCCAUGGAUCAUUUUGGCAAGGAGAUGCAGUGGCUGCGCGUCCUCAAGUUAUUCGCGGAUCUGCUCAAGAAACCCAUAACACCUGACACGCAUACAUACAACAUUCUGAUCUCGGGCCUGUGCCGAGCCGGCAAGUUCAAGCUCGCCAAGUUCGUCUUCAGCUGCAAGGGGUUUGUGGCGGACACCGUGACCUGUAAUAUCCUGAUCCAUGAGUUUUAUGGUGCUGGAAAGGAGGAUGAGCUUGGUUUUUUGUUCUCUGAUAUCAACGCAGCGAAGAUUAUCCCGGAUACAAUCACGUACAAUACACUGGUUGAUUGUCUCUGUAGGUCUGGGAGGAGGUCCCAGGCCGCCAAUUUGGUCAGGCACAUCGAUGAAGGAUACCCUGCGGAGCCUGUAGCGCAUCUGACAUAUUGGCUGGUCAGGAGUGGGCAUGUUCGAGAGGCCUUGAGGCUUUUUGAUGACAUAGUAGCGAAAGGAAUCGUUUUGGAUGGCAGGGUUUUCGCUAAUGUGAUCAAGGCGUUUUGCCGAAAGGGUCCAGUGGAAUGUGCUGAUAUGACACAGUUGUGUUCUGUGUUGGAUAGGAUGCUUGGGAUUGGAUGAUCCUUCUCUUCGCAUGACACAGCUGAAGCCCAUAACACCCGACGUGCAGACAUACAACAUUUUGAUUUGAUGCCUAUGCCGAGCUGGCAAGUUCCAGCUCGUCAAGUUCGUUUUCAGCUGCAUGGGGUUUGUGGCGGGCACUGUGACCUGUACCAUCCUGCUCCAUGAGUUCUACGGUUCCGUAAAAGAGGAUGAGCUUCCCUUUUUGUUCUUUAAUAUCAAAACAGUGAAGAUUAUCCCAUAUAUAAUUUUUUUUUGCGAAUAGUCCCAGAUAUGAUCACAUACAAUAUACUUGUUGAUUGCCUCUGUUGGUCUGGAGGAAGUCCCAGGCCACCAAUUUCGCCAGCCACAUUGAUGAGGGCCCCUGCGGAGCCUGUAGCGCAUCUGAUAUAUUGGUUGGCUAGGAGUGGACAUAUGGGAGAGACUGAGAUUAUUUGAUGAUAUACUAGCAAAGGGAGUUCCUUUAGCUAGCAGGGUAUAUGCUAAUGUGAUCAAGGCAUUUUGCAGAAAGGGUACAGUGGUUGCACGGACAUGACACAGCUGUGUUCUGUAUUGGAUAGUAAGCUUGGGAUUGGUUGAUCUUCUUGCUCUUACAUAGAUUGGUUGGCUUCAUUUUUUAAGUUUGUAUUGUUGUAUUAGUUUGUAGGAAACAACAAUUGAAAGUAAAAUACCUGUUUCAUUUGUCUUCA